CACUUCAAGUGUUAAUUUCAUUCACUACUCAAUCAUAUAUUUAUCACUCCCUUUUUAAAUUUAUAACAUCACCAUGCAUUCCACUUUCUCUAGCUAGCUCCCCCUCCAAAUUAAAUUAUUAGAAACAAAAAUCAUGUCUCCUAAUAAACUCAAUUCUCUAGCCAUUCUCGUUGCCCUCGUUGCAGCCUUAGCAUCGACAAAUUUGUUGAGCCCAAAGAUGCCCCUUGUCCAUUUUAUCCCUUCAACUAUUUCCUCCAUACCAUUUAUCAUCACUUCACUAAUUAAGCGCAACCAUCACCACCACCAUCACACAGACGAAAAAAAGACCACCACCAUCUGCGACAAUUUCCCGCCGGAUUUCCCCCCGCCCGACACCAACACCACGUCGUAUUUCUGCGUGGAUUCUAAUGGAUGCUGCAAUUUUACCACCGUCCAAGCAGCAGUGGACGCAGUUGGUGUCAUGAGCCCCAAAAGGAACAUAAUUUGGAUUAACAAUGGGGUUUACUUUGAGAAAGUAACGAUUCCGAAAAGCAAACCUAACAUCACAUUUCAAGGGCAAGGCUAUACGUCAACUGCAAUCAUGUGGAACGACACAGCCAACUCCGCUCAUGGCACCUUCUACAGUGGCUCUGUUCAAAUUUUCGCAACUAACUUUAUUGCCAAAAACAUAAGUUUCAUGAAUGUAGCUCCGAUGCCGGUACCAGGAGCAGUAGGAGCGCAAGCAGUGGCGAUGAGAAUCGCGGGAGACCAAUCCGCCUUCUGGGGAUGCGGAUUCUUCGGAGCUCAGGACACCCUCCACGACGACAGGGGCCGCCAUUACUUCAGAGAUUGCUACGUCCAAGGCUCCAUCGACUUCAUUUUUGGGAACGCCAAAUCCUUCUAUCAGAACUGCCAUUUGGUUUCAAUAGCGAGCCCAGUUGCAGAGGGCACGAAAGGGAUAAACGGGGCGGUGACGGCGCAGGGCCGCGCCUCCAAGGAUGAGAACAGCGGUUUCGCCUUCGUCAACUGCACCAUCGGCGGCACCGGCAGGAUCUGGCUAGGCCGAGCCUGGCGCCCCUUCUCCACCGCCGUCUUCUCCUUCACCACCAUGUCCGAUAUCAUUGCGCCUGAAGGCUGGAACGAUUUCAACGACCCCACCAGAGAUCAGAGUAUAUUCUACGGGGAGUACAAUUGCACAGGCGAUGGAGCUAAUUCGGCGUCGAGAGCGCUUUAUGCGCAAAGGCUUAAUGAGACACAAGCUUCGCCCUUUCUAAAUGUUUCCUUCAUUGAUGCCGAUCAAUGGUUGCAGCCUUUUACAUCGUAACUUAUGAACAAUAUUUACAUUAUAAAAAUACUUUGAUUCAUUUGUCUCCACAAAUCAAGAAUGUUCAGAAGAAAUUCAUAAUU